CUCUCUUCUCUCCGCUCCACCCACUCCCCCCUCUGCUCCCCCCUCCCCUCCGAUCUGCGUUCGCGGCCCCAGGGGCUUCCACACCGGCGACCGAGGAGGAAGAAGAUCCGUCAGAAAUUGAGGAACGGGACAGCGGCGGGGAGCGGCGCCGGCGAGCAAUGGACGGCCACGGGGCCGGCGCGGGCAAGCUCACGCGGACGCCCUCCUCGCUGCUGCGCUCCCCGACUGUGCGCAACUGCUCCUCCUUCCAGGCGGUGCUGGUCGAGGACCCCGAGCCCGACGACAAGAAGUCGCAGGCGCCGGCGCAGGGCAAGGCGCUGCACCCGCACGGCCUCCGCCCGGGCGGCCCGCCCCACCCGGCCCUCAUCCUCGCGCUCCCCCUCGCCCUGCUCCUCCUGCUGCUCCUCCUCCGCGACGACCGCCACCUACUCCUCCUCGCGGCUGCCGCCACCGCCGCGCUCGCCGCGGCGGCCGCGGCCGCGCGCCUCCUCCGCGGCCGCCUGCGGAUGCGCCGCUCCUCGCAGACCGGCUCCGUGCAGUGGUUCAUCGGCGACGAGGACGACAGGACGCACCACGCCCGGGACAACGGCAAGGGCAGGGGCGGCGCCGCCGCGCACGGCCGCGUGGUGCGGGAGGGCGUCGAGUUCUACAGCAAUGGCGACUGCUACGAGGGGGAGUUCCACAAGGGCCGCUGCAACGGCAGCGGCGUCUACAACUUCUUCGGCAAGGGCAAGUACGAGGGGGACUGGGUCGACGGCAAGUACGACGGCUACGGCAUCGAGAGCUGGGCGCGCGGCAGCCGCUACCGCGGCCAGUACCGCCAGGGCCUCCGCCACGGCCACGGGGUCUACCGCUUCUACAGCGGCGACUGCUACGCCGGCGAGUGGGCCGGCGGCCAGAGCCACGGCAUCGGCGCGCAGACUUGCUCCGACGGGAGCUCCUAUGUAGGGGAGUUCAAGUGCGGCGUCAAGCACGGCCUCGGCAGCUACCAUUUCCGAAAUGGUGAUCGCUAUGCCGGGGAGUACUUCGGGGACAAGAUCCACGGCUUCGGUGUCUACCGCUUUGCCAAUGGCCAUUGCUACGAAGGCUCCUGGCAUGAAGGCAAGAAGCAGGGAUUCGGAAUGUACACGUUUCGGAACGGCGACAAGCGAUCCGGGGAGUGGGACUUCGGGACUCUCAAGAGCCCCCUGCCCCCAACAGAUCCUUCCGUCGAGCGUGCCGUGCAGGCUGCGCAACGGGCCGCGGAAAACGCCUUCCACCUGCCGAGAGUCGACGAGCAGGUGCACAAGGUGGUCAUGGCCGCGAACAGGGCAGCCACGGCGGCGCGGGUGGCGGCGAUCAAGGCGGUCCAGAACAGGAUGGACGGGAAAUUCUGCGAUACCUAUGUGUGAAGCGUGUGUGUUCAAGAAAACAUGCCCCUUUCCUCUAACUGUACAUUAGGGUAGUGGAGGCCAAUAACACUAAUCGGUGAGAGUUUCAGACGACGGCGACGACGACGACCGGGGCGGCACAACCGCGUGCUCCGAGUCCGUGAGAGAGACCAGCAACAAGGCGGGAGCCUCCGAGGAGCGGAGCUGACAAGUUUUGCAUUUCAAAAACAGCUCAGAUCCUGCGACGAUCGCGACCGCGAUCAUCGGCGGUCCCUUCCUUCCCCCCCUUCCUUCCAGCAAGCUGUAAAUUGUACAUAGAUCCAAGUUGUAUCAAUGGAAGAGUGAGCCUUUCCAGUUCAGUUGCC